GCCAUGACUGCCAUUCGCAGCAAAUGCUUCGCCCGCCUCGGCACCGCCGGUCGACCGCUGGAACUUUGGGUGGAUGCGCUGUGCAUGAGCAGGGAUUUCCUGGUGUCGCUGAUCAUCUUCCUCGCUUUGUCGCCCUUAGUAUUGCUUUCUGGUUUGUCCGAGUUUCUGUGUCCUACAUUCAGCAUUCACCACCUGAUCAUCUACAGGCAGCCUGGCCAUACGGAUAGAGAGAAGCUGGACUACGACCCCUUUGUGGCACGGAUGUGCUUCGACUGCUGCGAGCACGAAGAAGACGAUUCCGAG